AUGGGGCUUCUGCAGCUCCUCUUGGCAGCAAGGGCAGUGAACGUCGUGGGCAGCCAAAAGCCACGAGCAGAGACUGCCAUGGAGAUUUUUGGUGAGGCCGCGCCGUACCUGCGCAAAUCCGAGAAGGAGAGAAUAGAAGCCCAGAACCAGCCUUUUGAUGCCAAAACCUACUGCUUUGUGGCUGACCCCGAGGUGGAGUACACCAGGGGGAGGAUUAAGGCUGCACAGGAUGGGAAGAUAACUGUUGAGACAGAGGAUGGCAGAACAGUUGCUGUCAAACCUGAUGAUGUGUAUGCCAUGAACCCCCCUAAGUUUGACAGAGUUGAGGAUGUGGCCAUGCUGACCCACCUGCACGAACCUGCCGUCCUCUACAACCUCAAGGACCGCUACAGCUCCUGGAUGAUCUAUACCUACUCGGGUCUCUUCUGCGUCACUGUCAAUCCCUACAAGUGGCUGCCGGUAUACAACCCCGAGGUGGUCACUGGCUACCGCGGCAAGAAGCGCCAGGAGGCCCCUCCACACAUCUUCUCCAUCUCUGACAACGCCUAUCAGUUCAUGCUGACUGAUCGUGAAAACCAAUCUAUCCUGAUCACUGGAGAAUCGGGUGCUGGGAAGACGGUGAACACCAAGCGCGUCAUCCAGUACUACGCGACAAUCGCCGCCAGCGGGGACACGGCCACCAAGAAGGAGCCCCAGCUGAAGGGUACGCUCAAGGAUCAAAUCCUCAGCGCCAACCCACUGCUGGAGGCCUUUGGGAAUGCCAAGACCGUGAGAAAUGACAACUCCUCACGCUUUGGUAAAUUCAUUCGUAUCCAUUUUGGAACCUCUGGAAAGCUGGCCUCUGGUGACAUUGAGACCUACUUGCUGGAAAAGUCAAGAGUCACUUUCCAGCUGAAAGCUGAGAGAAGCUACCAUAUCUUCUACCAGAUCCUCUCCAAUAAGAAGCCUGAACUGCUUGAGAUGCUCCUUGUCACAGCCAACCCCUAUGACUACCCCUUCAUCAGCCAAGGGCAGAUCUCUGUGGCCAGCAUCGAUGACCAGGAGGAGCUGGUUGCCACAGAUGCAGCCAUUGACACUUUGGGCUUCAGCCCUGAUGAGAGAGUGGGGAUUUACAAGCUGACGGGGGCAAUCCUGCACUACGGGAACAUGAAAUUCAAGCAGAAACCACGUGAGGAGCAGGCAGAGCCUGAUGGCACAGAAGAGGCUGACAAAGCAGCAUAUCUGAUGGGCCUGAACUCAGCAGACUUGCUGAAAGCUCUGUGCUAUCCCCGGGUGAAAGUGGGCAAUGAAUAUGUCCUGAAGGGCCAAACAGUGGAUCAGGUGCACCAGGCAGUGAAUGCCAUUGCCAAGUCUGUCUAUGAGAAACUCUUCCUGUGGAUGGUGAUGCGCAUCAACCAGCAGCUGGACACCAAGCUGCCAAGACAGCAUUUCAUUGGGGUCUUGGACAUUGCUGGCUUUGAGAUCUUUGAGUUCAACAGCUUUGAGCAGCUGUGCAUCAACUUCACCAAUGAGAAACUGCAGCAGUUCUUCAACCACCACAUGUUCGUGCUGGAGCAGGAGGAGUAUAAGAAGGAGGGGAUUGAAUGGGAGUUCAUUGACUUUGGCAUGGACCUGGCUGCCUGCAUUGAGCUCAUAGAAAAGCCCAUGGGCAUUUUCUCCAUCCUGGAAUGGACUACAACAUCACUGGGUGGCUGGAGAAGAACAAGGAUCCUCUGA